GGACACAUGGAUGUGUGACAAACCCUCUCAAACAUCAGUGUAUUUUCACAUUUGAUUUUGUUUAAUAUCGACUGGCGCCAGAACCUAACGAGAAAUAUCAUGCUGAAUAAUUCCCUUUCCUGUGUGUGUGUGUGUGUGUGUGUGUGUGUGUGUGUGGGCAUUUGAACAGAAGGAGGUUAUUGAUUAUAUUCCAGUCCUCCAGGCCUAGAGCACAAAUGCACUGGCGUAUUGCAAGAAGAAUGACACCACUUAUUCCCAAAACAUUUCUCUUUUUCUCCCCUCCUCACACAAUUUUUCUGUCCCUGGAGAGACGACAUCACUCAUUACUGUCAGCAGCAAAGUCCCACCGGCACCGCCAUAAUCAUCACCAUCACCAUCUCACUUCUUCCCAUCGAGUCCGUCGCCCCGCGGCACCCUGGGAUGGAUACCGGACGACUGAUGAGCGCUUGAGACCUACAGCCGAACCGGAUCGAUUGGCACCCAUCACCUGAGGUAUAGUGGAUGACGGACGCCACUUUCCCCGGAUAUAAGCCUUCCGAACCAUGGAAACCUGUGUGAAAGGAGUGAUUCUGUGUGGGUGAUUCUUGCGCGUUUAUUGAGACGUUUGUGGAGAUUUGGAGAUCCGUCGGUGUGAUUGGAGAGGUCCACUCUCUCCGAUAGCGCAAGACUCUAUGGAAACGCACAUUGUGGGACAUGGAUAGACUGUUUGCGCCAUCUGUGGAUGUAGUGCCGAGGACCAGAGCCCCCGUCUGAGGUGUGUUGGAGGAGGUCUGCUGGUCUUGUGUGGUAUGCGAACGCAACGACUCCUGUCCGAGGCGCACAGACUGCUAGAUUGAUCAUGCUGAGGCAGAUGCUAUUGAACUCCACGGCAGCGGCACGAGACUUCGACCUGAUGACCCACACACACACGCAGGCGCCGCUGAACGUGUCCCACGGGCCCGUGAGUGUGUCGGCCCUCCUGAAGCCCACGGGCCGGGGGAGCUCGCUGCGAGAGGGAGAGCCCGACAAACCCGACCUGGCCACGUAUGUGGUGAUGUGUCUGGUGCUCUUCCUCCUCGUCCUCCUCAUCGUGUUCUUCAUCAACUGUCAGCUGAGGAACUCUUUCUUCGCCUCCAUGCCUUACGACCGGUCACUGCGAGAGGCCCGCAGCUCCUACAAAUGACCCGGAGCGGUUCGGAUAACAGAACCAGCACGGAUUGCAGCCGGACUCAUUGAUCUGUCUGUGUAUAUAAUGACUGUUUUGUACUUCUGCACGGCCUUUUCUGCCCAUAUAGGGUUUAUCACGAGUUGUGUGCAUUAUGUAAUACAGAUUAUUUUCUUGUACGGUGUUAAACCAUGAUUAAAUCUCACAUUCAUGACCA